AAUUCAGCGACGGACCCCCCCGCGCUUCUUCCGCUCCUUCCUUUGUCUUCGCCCCGUGGGGGACAUGCCAAGAUGGCGUUGUUGCUCCGUGUCCUCUGUCUCCUCGUCGGCGUGGCUGCUCUCGGCGGCGGCCAAAUGUACGGGGACGGGGGAGCUUUCAGUCCCGGGCAGACAGGCGGCAACGAGGCGUCGGUGGCUCAACAACGCAGGUAUUUAUUAUAUGAUGUGAAUCCACCAGAGGGAUUUAAUCUUCGUCGAGAUGUCUAUCUCCGUAUGGCGGGCUUAGUGGGCACCCUGCUGAAGAGUGAAGACUGGGUGCUGGUUCUUCCUCCCUGGGGGCAUCUCUACCAUUGGCAGAGCGAAGGUCUUAAACAAGUUCGAAUCCCUUGGUCUUUAUUCUUUGAUGUGCCAAGCUUAAAUAAGAACAUUCCUGUCAUUGAACACGAGCAGUUUAUUGCAGAGUCUGGCGGUCCAUUUAUCCAGCAAAUCUAUGUUCUGCAGGGAUAUGCAGAAGGCUGGACAGAAGGGUAUUGGGAGGAAAAGGUGGAUGAGCAAAUUUGUAUUGAGGGUCUUCCCUACAGAAAUGAUGAGCAGGGAUUUUACAGGGGUUGGUUUUGGGGUCAUGAGGAGACAAGAGGCCUCAGUGUUGCCUGCAUCUCUGUGCAAGGCUCAGCUUCCAUCAUGGUGCCGGUACUUCUGAAAAACACCACAGCACAGUCUGUAAUGUUAGACAGAGCAGAAAACCUCCUUCAUGACCAUUAUGCAGGCAAAAGUUACUGGGAUGCUCGGAGAAGCAUGGUGUUUGCCAAAUAUCUACGAAUGGCUGGUGAUGAAUUCAGGGCAACAUAUUUAAACUCUACAGAUGAACUUGACAAAACUGUUUACAAUGAGGACUGGACAAGGAUGAAGGUAAAGUUGGGCACUGCCAGGGGUGGCCCAUACUUGGGUGUGCAUUUGCGGAGAAAGGACUUUAUUUGGGGCCAUAGAGAGGAUAUCCCCAGCAUUAAAGGAACAGCUGAGAAGAUUAACAACCUUAUGAAAGAGCUGAAAUUAAACAAGGUGUUUGUGGCUACUGACGCUGAUGAGGAUGAGGUGAAUGAGCUGAAACGCCUUCUUCCAAACAUGCUACGAUUUGAACCGACUCAGGAGGAACUACAGUUGUACAAGGAUGGAGGUGUUGCAAUCAUUGACCAGUGGAUCUGUGCCCAUGCCAGGUAUUUCAUUGGAACAUCAGUGUCAACAUUCUCAUUCCGUAUCCACGAGGAGAGAGAGAUUUUGGGCUUUGAUCCCAAAACCACCUACAACAGGUUCUGUGGUGAUGCAGAAAUGGAAUGCGAGCAGCCAACACAUUGGAAGAUUGUAUACUGAAUAGCAUGGACUCUCUUUGCCAGAGGAAUUGACCCACAUUGAGUGACAUCAGGGAGUCAAAAUCACACUUUACAAGAAGGCCUUAUCUACGAUUCAACCACUUCUUUUACAUUUACAGCUUCCAAAUCAUUUUAUGAGUCAAGGAAGGAAGUGUCCCAAAGCCAAGUUUUCCCAGCAGGAACCACUGUUGGGUAAAGAUAAUGAAGUUGUCUUCCCUCAGUGGCUCCUAAUAGGAGCGUGAAUGGACAAACGCGAGAUAAUUUCUUAAAGUAGCAUGACAUUUUACUGCUCAUGCUCCCACAGAGCGGAAAGUCAACACAGGUCUAAGAGGCAGCUUUAUCAUCCCUCUCUUGCUGCUGUCUGGACCUGUUUCAAGAACAGUACUAUUGCCAAGGUUUAAUUUCUGCCAGUUUAAUUUUUUCCUGUGGCAAGUCUUCAGCAUUGGUAAUUACAACUUGUACAUACAAAAGACAUGUUUUACAAAUGUAAACUUGGCCCCUCAGUAUUAGAAUCAAAGAGACUACCUGCUGAAUGUAAUUGGUGGGUAGUGCAAUCAAUGAAAAUGACUAAGUAUCUGCUCUGGGUUCACCAGAGCCUGCAAGUCUUUUGGUGCCUAAUAAAUUGAAUUUCAGGUUCUCCAAUUCAGACAGAGGUCAUUCAUUGAGUUGUAAUCUAAUGCUUCUGCAUUUUUUUUGUUUCACGUUCCCUGAAGCUGAAGUUUCAAUUUUGUUUCAUUCAGUUCUGCAGUGUUUGUGAAAUACAAAUAUUUGAGCCAAGAACUACUCCAAAUAAAUGUGUGUCACGUUCCAAAAAUGGGUUCAAUCAUUAGUUCAUCCAGUUUUAUUUUAACUGAAGUACAACCUACGAAUGCUGUGUUUGACUUAAUAUUCUGCAUUAGAAGGCAAGACUGGCUAUAAUCCAGACUCCUGGAUGAGUCAAAGUGACAGUAACCUCAGUGUGGAUGUGCCAAAGCACACAAACAGUUGCCUACUGUGGCCCUGACAGUCUCCCAGAAAGAACUGCAACACUGAUCUGGUGAAAUCUACUUCACAGGACUCACCUAGUCUACAAGACUUCUCAAACACUUAAGUAUGUUAUACUUGCAUUCUAUAAAUUGUGGGAUAUUAUAUACAAUUUAUGUCAUAGAAUAUAGAUUUACAGUGCUCUGUUAUUUGGAGUUUUAUUUUGAUGAACUGUAUUCAUUUGUAGGAGACAAAAUGUUGCAUGGAAAGCAUUAUAUUGACGGGUGUGUAUUUUGUUUAUUUUUUAAA